AGUGACGGUGCAACCAUAGUGAAUGCUAUUCACUAUGUGAAACGGUGCCGUUCAAUCUUACGAAAGCUGAAGGCAGUGUGUCCUCAGCUGGAAAUUGAAGGUGAACAGAACAUCUGGAUUAUGAAACCAGGAGCUAAAUCCAGAGGAAGAGGCAUAUAUUGUAAGAAUAAGUUGAAGGACAUAAUGUCAGUAUUGGAUUAUAACCCGUUGGUUCCCAACGAUGAUCUUUGCGUAGUACAGAAGUAUAUAGAGCGGCCACUCUUGAUACAUGGAACCAAAUUUGAUGUGCGUCAGUGGUUCAUGGUAACAGACUGGAACCCGCUGACCAUUUGGUUCUACAAGGAUUGCUAUCUACGCUUCUCUUCACAACUUUACUCAUUAAAGACUCUGGACAGAAAUAUACACCUAUGUAACCAUGCCAUACAGAAAUUCUGUAAGAACUCUCCAGAGCGUCAUCCAGACCUACCUUCAGAAAACAUGUGGUUUGACUAUCAGUUUAAAGAGUAUCUUCAGAAGAUAGGAGCAAUACAUGCAUGGGAUGAAGUGAUUUUGCCUGGAAUGAAGGAGAUAAUUAUCAAUACAAUGAAGAGUGCCCAGGAUAAAGUUGAGCAAAGGAAAAACACCUUUCAACUCUACGGUGCAGAUUUUAUGUUUGGUGAGAAUUUCCAGCCAUGGCUGAUAGAGAUUAAUGGUAAACCAGCACUGGCAACCACCACACCUGUAAAUACCAAGCUUUCUGGUCAAGUUCAAGAGGACAUCUUACGUGUCAUCCUUGACAGAAAACAAGAUAAUGAAUGUGAUGUGGGAUCAUUUGAACUUCUAUAUAAACAGACGGGAAUUAAAAUUCCUAAGGAUACAAAAGAUGAACUGCUAGUGAGAGGAGUUGCUAUCAGAAAACCAAGCCUGUCAGAUAUAUGCUUUGCUAAACAAAGCAACCAGAUAUCUAGUGUAAUGCCAACUGCUAAUAUAUCUGGUGACAGGAUCAAACCUAGCUCAAGCAGUCUAGAUUGUACUGCAAGAACCACUACUAAACCUGUGUCUAUAGUCGGUAGUAUAAGGAACUCUUCCAUACUAAACCGGCCAAAGGUAGUCACAGCCUGGAAAGAAGAGAAAUUAAAGGAUGAAGUUCCUAAUAAUUCUAAGAAGACAGAGUUCACUAUUUUACAAGAUUAUAGCAAAGGAGAUACAAAGCAAUGCAAUAAAUAUGCAUUGGAAAUGCCUGUAAAAGUAAAGGAUUUAGUGGAUGUAAAACUGUCUAAGAUAGACCUCAGCAAAGAGAGAGACAAAAAACAUGUACCUUUGCACAUUAGAACCAAACCUGCUUUGGUAAAACCUCUUGGAGUGAAGGAUACGGUGAUAAACCUAGAUUCUGCAAAAGAAAAGCUUAAACCUCUGCCCUGUAUACUCUGCAAGGGACAGACAUGUAGCUACUGCAAGUCCAAGAAACCAGCUCUUUUAACUUCUAGUUUUCCUUCUGACCUUUUCAAGAGAAGAAAGUGUUAAAAUUCUUGAUCCAGAAUAUUAUGAUAACAUACAAGCUCAACCAAGCAGAAUUGGAAAUCCCAACUUCAGCCCAAGGUGUGCUUACAGAAAAAAUCGAUCCUCGAUUGAUUUUUUUCUGUUAGCGCAUCUUUGAAGGAUUAACACAGUAUGUUACCUGGAGCGUUUAGGGUGGGUGGAGGGCCAAAACGCACAAACGGUAACAUUGAGCUUCUAACGUAAAGUGACUUUAACAAUAAAUCACCUUUAUGAAGAGUUACAAAGUGCCACUGUUAUUGGAUUAGUGGAAGAGUACAUACGCGGAGGACUUCCCAUACCAAUCAGUUGAACUGACAGUAUGUUACCUGCAGCGUUUAGGGUGGGUGGAGGGCCAAAACGCACAAAGGGUAACAUUGAGCUUCUAACGUAAAGUGACUUUAACAAUAAAUCACCUUUAUGAAGAGUUACAAAGUGCCACUGUGAUUGGAUUAGUGGAAGAGUACAUACGCGGAGGACUUCCCAUACC